AUGGUGCACCCCGGCUGGGUCUGCUUGCUGCACAGCUCCCUCCUCCUGCUGGCCAGAGCGCGGCAGAGCCGCGGCGCCUGCCCGCUCGGCGGAAAGAACGAGCUGAACUCCUUCCUGUGGACCAUCAAGAGAGAUCCCCCAUCUUACUUCUUUGGCACCAUCCACGUCCCGUACACCCGUGUCUGGGAUUUCAUCCCAGAGAACUCCAAGAAGGCCUUCCAGCAGAGCCACAUUGUGUACUUCGAGCUGGACCUCACUGACCCCUACACCAUCUCUGCCCUCACCAGCUGCCAGCUCCUGCCGCAGGGGGAGAACCUCCAGGACGUGCUGCCCCGUGACAUCUACCGCCGGCUCAAGCGACACCUGGAGUACGUCAAGCUCAUGAUGCCAUCCUGGAUGACCCCAGACCAACGGGGCAAAGGGCUGUACGCUGACUACCUCUUCAAUGCCAUCGCUGGCAACUGGGAGCGGAAGAGGCCAGUGUGGGUGAUGUUGAUGGUGAACUCUCUGACGGAGGUAGACAUCAAGUCGCGAGGCGUUCCCGUCCUGGAUCUGUACCUGGCCCAGGAAGCAGAGCGGCUGAGGAAGCAAACCGGUGCUGUGGAGAAAGUGGAGGAGCAGUGCCACCCGCUGAAUGGGCUGAACUUUUCCCAGGUGAUCUUUGCUUUGAAUCAGACUCUCUUGCAGCAGGAGAGCCUCCGAGCAGGCAGUUUCCAGAUCCCCUAUACGACAGAAGACCUUAUCAAGCAUUACAACUGUGGGGACCUCAGCUCCAUCAUCUUCAACCAUGACACUUCUCAAGUCCCAAAUUUCAUUAAUGCUACACUGCCAGCCCAUGAACGUAUUACUGCCCAAGAGAUAGACAGCUACUUCCGUCAGGAGCUCAUCUACAAGCGAAAUGAGCGAAUGGGCAGGAGAGUGAAGGACCUGCUGGAAGAGUACCCAGACAAGAGCUUCUUCUUUGCAUUUGGAGCUGGUCACUUCAUGGGCAACAACACAGUGAUUGAUGUUUUGAGGAGAGAAGGGUACGAGGUAGAACAUACUCCAGCUGGACAAGCCAUCAACAACGGAAAACCCCCCAAAAGCUUGUUAGCCUUUUCAUCGUCCUCACCAGCACACAGCCCCUAUGUAGUGUCACAGGAGCUACCUCCGCCGUUGCAUCCCCGGAAGGAGGAGGAGGAAGAGCUCUUGCCUCACCUGCUGCUCCCUGAUGGCAUCGAUGUGCUGGAGAAGGUAGACAGGAAGUACAAAAAGAAGAAGAAGAAGCAGCAGAAGAAGCAAAGGCUGCGACAGUUUAAUGACCUCUGGGUUCGCAUUGAAGAAAGUGCUACCGACCCUCCUCCGCGGAUCCGCAUCAUCAACGGGUACAUCACUGUUGAACCCCAGCCCCGGGGCCACGGACGGUUUAGCCACGCUCGCACGGACACCAGCGGCGCUCACCGUCUUUUCUGCCCUCUCUUGGCCUCGCUACUGACUUCGGCUGUGCAUAUGAUAAGGCUGCAUUGA